AACGUAGACUUCAAGUGAGAGGAAACACAGCAACACACACACAAAAGAGAACACCGGUAUUUUUCCCCGUUUCGCACUCCAUACGGCAUCCUUCUUCGACCUGUGAAUGUCACUACUUUCGAGCUCGAUCGACCAACAAUGGCGGAUUCCGCAACUAUUUCCUCCUGAUUAUUGCUCUCUAUUUGCCUUUCUUUAGCUCUUCUGCAGCUUCUCCGAGUUCCACGCCUCGACGCUCUUUCUUCUGCAACUACUACUUUCUUUUUUGUUGGAGCUUGGGGUGCUAGAGUGAGAGAGUCUUCCAGUGGGAGAAGGGAAUUUGGAUGUGGAUUACUCACCUACUAGGUUGUGUUUUCAAACUGUUGUGGCUGAGGAGCUUCCUUUUGCAGAUCUAAUUGGUUUUGCAUUUAGGUGUCGCACUGUCGAACGCGAUGCUUUGGUAUGGGAGUUAUUCCAGGAGCUGAAAACGUGAACGAACUGCGUGGUUUGUUUUUGGCUUUGGAGUAUUGUUGGUGUUACAGCUUGUUAUUUUUGAAAUUUUUGAACAACGAAACUUGGGGGAUUUUAGGGAUGAAUCGUAGUUUUAGGGCUUUGGAAUCACAAAUGCAAGCGCCGGUAAAGCAGCGGCAGCAGCAAGUUGGGGGACUAAGGGCGUCGGUGAUGAAAGAUAAGGAGGAGGAACUUGCGUUGUUCUUGGAAAUGAGAAAGCGUGAGAAGGAGAGGAAUGAUCUUCUAUCUAACAACGCGGAAGAGUUUGAUGCGCCUUUAGGAACAAAACCAGGAACUUCUCCAAUAUUUAAUAUCUCAUCAGCGACCCCAGCUCCUACUCGGAAGACUGGUGCUGAUGAUUUUCUUAAUUCUGACAAUGAUAAAAAUGACUAUGAUUGGCUUCUAACUCCUCCUGGAACUCCUCUUUUUCCAUCUUUGGAAACGGAGUCAGAAAGGGUCUUAAUGAACCAUGCUACUCCAAUGGGUCGUCCCAAUGUGCUGAAAUCUAGACUUGCAAAUCUCCACCAAGAACCUACUACAAGGAGCAACUUGGUCUCGAAACAACCAGCUUCUUCUCCAGGAUUGAACUCUUCAAGUGUAGGGAUACGUCGACCUUCGUCAUCCGGAGGUCCUGGAUCAAGACCUGCUACCCCAACUGGACGUCCUACAUUAACCACAACAUCUAGACCUUCCAGAUCCUCAACACCUACUUCUCGUGCAACUUUGCCUUCAAAUAAACCAGCAGUUUCCUCGGCUAAGAUUGGAGCAGCUUCAAAUAAGCUGUCAACUGCGUCAGCCAAGCCUACAGUUACCAUGACUAAGCCCACCGUUUCCUCUGCUAAGUCCUCAGUUCCCACAAGAUCUUCUACUCCGACAAGAACGACGGCAAGAUCAUCAACACCGACCUCCAGACCCACUGUACCUCCACCUAAGCCCACAUCAAGGGCCUCAACUCCUACUCGUCGGCCAUCCACACCAUCUAGUGCAUCAAGUGCACCUGUUUCCUUAGUUAAGUCUUCAUCAUCAAUUUCAAAGCCAUCUCCAACUGUGUCAAGGAAUCAAGCACCAUCAAGAGGAGCUUCCCCAACAGUAAAAUCCAGACCAUGGAAUCCUUCAGAGAUGCCCGGUUUCUCUCUCGAUGCUCCACCAAAUUUAAGGACAUCACUUCCUGAAAGGCCACUUUCUGUCACAAGGGGCCGGCCUGGAGCACCUAGUGCACGAUCUUCUUCUGUAGAACCUGUUCCGAAUGGUAGGCCAAGACGGCAAUCAUGCUCUCCGUCUCGAGGACGUGCACCUAAUGGCAAUAUUCAUCUUAGUGGGGGUUCUGUCCCUGCAAUAAACCGUAUGCAUUCUAAAGCUAAUGACAACAUAAGUCCUGUAUUAAUAGGGACGAAAAUGGUUGAACGGGUAAUAAACAUGCGCAAAUUGGUCCCUCCUAAGCAAGAUGACAAACAUUCACCUCAUGGGAAUCUGUCUGGGAAGUCUUCGUCGCCAGACAGCUCGGGCUUUGGGAGAACACUAUCUAAGAAGUCUCUGGAUAUGGCAAUAAGACACAUGGAUAUAAGGCGAAGCAUUCCAGGUAGUUUACGCCCAUUAAUGACAAAUAUUCCAGCUUCUUCAAUGUAUAGUGUACGAUCCGGGCCAUCUCGAAGCCGAACUGUCAGUGUUUCGGACUCACCUCUUGCCACAAGUAGCAAUGCUAGUUCUGAAAUGAGUGUCAACAACAGUGGUCUCUGUUUAGAUACACAUGAAAUUGACGAUGAAAUUGGCAGUGAGAGAGGUGGUCGAUCCCCCCGCAGCAUGUGCGCUAGGUGAAGCUGAUGGUUCAUUUGGAUUUAAACUGCCAUUCUGAUCAAUCAAAUGGUGUUUCCUUUUGGUCAUCAAGUUUCAUGAUGCAAAGAUGAUUGUCGUGGAAAUGAUAACCAAAUCAUGUGUUUAGGACUAAUGUAAAGUUGAUUGAGUCUGUUGAUUGUUGUAUUUAUGUAAUUUCAGAGCUUUGUACGAGUAGAGGAACAAAGUUAUAUGCUGAACUUAUCUUCUUACGCAUUUUCUACACGGUGAUUUUCUAGUUGCUUUAGUUGAA